AUGGCAGCAAUGUCGGCGAGUCCAGAGAGGAUCGACGUAUCACCGCCUGUGAUGAUGGGCUCGUCUCCUUCGAAAUUGACAUCUUCUGACGUUGCACCUGAGUUCUCAUCGUCCUCAGAUAGUAUCUCAUAUUCCGCCGACACGCCUGAUCGUGACGAUCCUUCCAAUUCUUCUCCAAACCCUAACAGAGACGCGGAGACUCAGCUAAGGUUAUACAAUAGGUUCGGCUUUCUAUUAGUUACUGCUCUGUUCGUCAUUACAUCAUUGAGAAGCGAGGAGUAUCGUCAAUUGUUUCGACUUCCACCUGAAGAAGUCCUUGUUCAAGAUUUCAAUUGUGCAUUCCAGGAGAGUAUUCUCUUUCAGGGACAUAUGUACCUCUUUCUUCAUCAUAUUUGCUUUUAUUCAAACAUUUUUGGAUUUGAGACAAAGAAAAUAAUCCCAUUCCAUGAGGUUACAAGUGUUAAAAGAGCAAAGACAGCUGGGAUCUUUCCAAAUGCCAUAGAAAUUUUUGCUGGAGGGAAAAAGUACUUCUUUGCAUCAUUUCUGUCACGUGAUGAAGCUUUUAAGAUAAUCAAUGAUGGAUGGUUGCAGCAUGGUAAUGGUUCCCAAGCUAUCAGUGAACAACAGGAAUCCUUAUCUGAGCCCAGCAGCCAAGAGAAUGGACUUGUAAUUGAAAAGGUCAAUACCUCUAAGCACAUGAUCAAUGAACUGAGUUCUACUGGCAGGGACAAGGAUGCUUCUACGUCGAAUGAUGCUAAGCUCCUAGACAGCAUUGCAAAUGAUGCACUGACAUCACUUCCAAAGGUGGAAGACAAUAUAGAACAGGAUACAGUACCAGUUGUAAGUACUGAUACUUCAUCUUCAGCCAAUUGGACUUGGAAGCCAGAGGAUUCUGAUGCACCUAAGAAAUCUGCUGCCAGAAUGGCACCUCAGAACCUUGAAGCAGAACUUAGGCAAAACAGUAUUUUCGUUUCAGCACACAGACGUUAGUUCAAGAUAGAGAUUGUCAGCCACAAGCACUUGCUGGUUGCUGCUGAGAGGUGGGCAACCAAUUCUAGGGGAUACCAAAUGGCAUACCCACUGAGUCUCUCCCCUAAAAGUUUUUGGAAACCACCGCAAAUUGCUGUUUGAAGUUGGUCUUGCUGUUGUCUUGCUGGAUUCUACCAUUCUGGAUAACUUCAACGAGUACUGACAUCAGAUCCAAAUCAAGGGCUCUAGAGGACUCCCUGACUGAAAGAUCAACUACAAAGUACCUCCAAAAUUGACGUGUGAGUCCCAUGUGUUGACCAUUAUGUAUUGAUCUUAAUUGAAGUUUCUGUUGACUGUUCAAAUCGGUUUAAUUUGUCCAGUUCAGCCACCACAAUACCAGCUCUGGUCAUUUGAAAUACAGUAGUUGAAGGUUAGAGCAUUUUCUUUCACUUUGGGAGGUUAGUUUGCUUGAGUUCAUGUUCUAGGCAGAUUGAUAAUUUUAUUCAUGCAUUCUGCCAAUGAUUUAAGAUGUAUGUUAGGUUUUC